UAUUAAACCCUUUAUUCAUUUAUUGGACUCUGGUAAACUUUAAGUACAUGAUCUUAAACUUAUGAUUGGCCAUACAGUAAGUGAUCAUGACUGCUCAUUCUCCAUAACGGUUUUGAAGAUUACAGAAGAAAUAUUUUAUUGGGUCAAAUGAGAGCCUACACGGACACAAGAACACCAUGGCCUGUUACCGUUCAGAAUGGAAAUGCUGGAAAAGAGUUGUCUUAUUCUCAUUGAUAGUCACUUUGGUCAUCCAGAUUGUUAUAUUAUCGAGCAUCACUGUAUUUCGUGACACUCUGAAUAUAUCUAGACAUGGCCCAACAGCUCAUCAGAUCGACGUAAAAGAGAAGGAUGAGCUGCCAAGUUUCGGGAACAAAUUAGGACAAACGGGUCGAAGCAUUGAAGCUAUCCUACAACUAAGAAAACAACAUGUCGAAGAACAGUGUCUCAAAGUUAAGAAUGAAGAACUGAUUUUCAAUGUUUCAGCGUUGGAUCAUAUCUACGUAGACACAAAAAAUAAGUUUAUUUACUGCUACGUCCCAAAAGUUGCUUCCACCCAAUGGCGUGACAUUUUGCUUGCUAAUUUCAUGGGGAUUGAUGCAAAUUAUAUCAGAAAGAAAAGGAUAGACUGGAAAUAUUGGUACAAUUCGAAAAAGCUAAAACAACUUAAACUUUUUCCAAAGUAUGAAAUAAUAAAAAUGUUAAAUUCGUUUUUCAAAUUUAUGAUGGUGCGUAAUCCAAUGGAAAGAGUACUCUCAGUUUGGAAUGACAAAUUCAUGGAUAGCAAAAAUAAGUUUUACAGACAGCGACUUGGAAGAGACAUUGUGAAAUUAUUUAGAAAAAAUGCAACGUCAUCAGAAAUUGAACGUGGAUUCAUACGAUUUGAUGAAUUUAUCAAAUAUAUCGCAAUGUCUAAAGAUCCAUUAGACCGAGACGAACACUGGAGUAGAUACUAUGAUUUGUGUAGACCAUGUGACUUAUAUUAUGACGUUAUAGGUACAUACGAAACACUAAAUAUUGACUCGGACUACAUCCUGGAAAGGAUUGGCAUUUUGGAUAAAUUCAGAUUCCCCGUCAUUCCAUCCAAGGCCCAAAGCGUGCUAAACCAGUACACAGCAACACUUGAGCUUCAGGACCAGCAAAAGUUUUACCAAAUUUUUAAAACUGAUUAUGAUAUGUUUAAUUAUAGCAUGUCUUUCAAGUAG